CCCUGCUAAGCUUGGUGCACGCCCUGGCUGCCUGGCUGAGCCUGCUGCCCCUCACUUUGCAGAGUAAAGGACACAGCAAGCAGAUCCUGGUGCUGGGCCUGGAUGGGGCUGGGAAGACCAGCGUGCUCCACUCCCUGGCAACGAACCAUGUCAAGCGCAGCGUGGCUCCCACCGAGGGUUUCAAUGCCAUCUGCAUCAACACCGAAGAGUCCCAGAUGGAGUUCUUGGAAAUUGGGGGCAGUGAAUCUCUGCGUUCAUACUGGAAGAUGUACUUGCCCAAAGUGCUGUUGCUAAUCUAUGUUGUGGACUCGGCUGAUCAUGCCCGACUGCCUGUGGCGAAACAGCUGCUUCACCAGCUGCUCCAGAACAACUCCACCCUGCCCGUGGUGGUUCUGGCCAACAAGCAGGACCUUGAAGGUGCAUACUGCAUCACCGAUAUCCACGAUGCUCUGGCACUGUCUGAUAUUGGGGACGAGAGGAAGAUGUUCUUGAUUGGUACCCACGUGGCAGAGGAUGGCUCCGAGAUCUCCUCCAGCAUGAACGAUGCCAAGGAGCUGAUAGCGCAGCUGGUUCUGGAUGCACAGUGA